AACCACAACCACUGCAGAGAAACAACCUUUCUUCUCAAUCCAAGUUCAUAUACACAGCUUAAUCUUAUAUAUCUUCCAUAGAUAUAUAUGCUCAUGGCCAACGACAUUCACGUUAGUACCAUUCUCUUUUCCCUUUUCAUUCUCCCCAGCUUCUUUCUCCAUUCAACGGAUGGAGCAGCAACCUACAAUGUCUUGAGCUAUGGUGCUAAAGCAGAUGGAGCCACAGACAACAGUGCAGCAUUUCUCAAGGCAUGGUCAGCAGUGUGUGCUCAGUCGGAUGCAGCAGUAACCAUGUACGUGCCCUCCGGCUCCUUCUUGCUUCACCCCACCUUGUUCACUGGCCCUUGCAAGAGCAAAAGUAUUGUUGUUCAGAUCGACGGCAACUUGGUUGCUUCGUCGGACUACAAUCUAUAUGAGGCAGCAGGUUACUGGCUCAAGUUCAAAAAUGUUCAGGGACUAACCUUCCAAGGAGGCCAACUGGAUGCCAAGGGCUCAGCAUUGUGGGAGUGCAAGGCCCAAAAGACUAACUGUCCUGAUGGGGCAAGAUCGCUCGUCUUCAAUAAUGCCAAAGAUAUUAAAUUGAAGGGAUUCACCUCUAUCAACAGUGAACUUUUCAACAUUGUGAUCGACACUAGCAGCAACGUGCAAGUGGAUGGGCUGAAUAUUCAGUCCGCAGCCACUAGUCCCAACACAGAUGGGAUACACGUGGAGCAGUCGUCUGGUGUUACCAUCACAAACACUUAUAUCAAGACGGGAGAUGAUUGCAUAUCUAUUGGUCAAGGGACACAAAAUCUAUGGAUAGAGAAAGUCACUUGUGGACCUGGCCAUGGUAUAAGUAUCGGGAGCCUUGGGAAAAGUGCUAACGAAGCUGGGGUGCAAAAUGUUACUGUGAAGAACGUGGCAUUUAGUGGUACAACAAAUGGGUUGAGAAUAAAAUCAUGGGAAAGAAGUAGCAACGGCUUUGCUAAACAAAUCUUGUUUGAUGGUGCAACGAUGGACAAUGUGAAGAACCCCAUCAUAAUAGACCAGCAUUACUGUCCUCACAAUGAAGGAUGCCCCACUGAGAAUUCUGGAGUCAAAAUCUCAAAUGUGGUGUACAAGAACAUCAAGGGAACAUCAGCAACUCAAGUGGCAGUUGAUUUCUCAUGCAGCGCAAGUGCACCUUGCCAAGGGAUCAGUAUGGCAAAUGUGCAGCUGACCUACAAGGGCCAGCCUGCUAAGUCCUCCUGUGAACAUGCAUUUGGAAGUGCAACUGGCGCAAUGGUUCCAUCGAGUUGCCUUCAAUCAUCGGGUGGCUCCAACCGUCGACUUAUGGCUUCCGUCUCCAACAGUUGAACGGCCGCCAUUUAUUUAAUUUAUUGAUUUGUAUAGGUAAAUGAUACAAAUAAAAGAUAUUGUUGUUCUUUUGUACUUUCAAUAACGAGGAUGUAUACACAGAUUAGGGUCCAAAAGGAAAAUAAAUUUGAGCAUCGUUGGUUGGUAUUCAGUUGAUGGUGCUUUUAUGUAUUGAGAAAGUUGGGAAGGCAAAUGUUUGAGACGUUUCUACUGUUCUUGGCUGCUGA